GCUGCAAUGCAGGGGUGGGCUGGAAAAAGAACUAUGCGCACAGGAGAAGUCUUCGCCGUGUAACAAAUACGACGAGACUGAUUUUUAUUUAGUAUAAAAACAAACAUAGAUCUAGGAUUUUAGGCCCCUUAUUUACACCAAUCUGCAUUCCGCAUUUAUUCGUUGCUGACCAACUUUCCAACCGAGGAAAAACAAGCCAGAGGCUCCAGGGGUCACGAUGGCUCAGUGGAACCAGCUGCAGCAGCUGGAGACCAGGUACCUGGAACAGCUCUACCACCUGUACAGCGACAGCUUCCCCAUGGAGCUACGGCAGUUCCUCGCUCCCUGGAUCGAGAGCCAGGACUGGGCCUACGCCGCCAACAAGGAGUCCCACGCCACCCUGGUGUUCCACAACCUGCUGGGCGAGAUCGACCAGCAGUACAGCCGCUUCCUGCAGGAGAACAACGUCCUGUACCAGCACAACCUUCGCCGCAUCAAGCAGCACCUCCAGAGCAAGUACCUGGAGAAGCCCAUGGAGAUCGCGCGCAUCGUGGCGCGCUGCCUGUGGGAGGAGCAGAGGUUGCUGCAGACGGCCACCACCGCGGCUCAGGACGGCCAGGCGGCGCAUCCCUCCGGGACCGUGGUUACGGAGAAACAGCAGAUCCUAGAGCACAACCUCCAGGACAUCAGGAAGAGGGUGCAGGACAUGGAGCAGAAGAUGAAAAUGCUUGAGAAUCUACAGGACGACUUUGACUUUAACUACAAGACCCUAAAAAGUCAAGGAGAGCUGUCCCAGGACCUGAACGGCAACAGCCAGGCUGCGGCCACAAGGCAGAAGAUGGCCCAGCUGGAGCAGAUGCUGAGUGCCCUGGACCAGCUGAGGAGGCAAAUCGUGACGGAGAUGGGGGGUCUGCUGACGGCCAUGGACUUUGUUCAGAAGAACCUGACGGACGAGGAGCUGGCCGACUGGAAGCGGAGGCAGCAGAUCGCCUGUAUCGGCGGGCCGCCCAACAUCUGCCUGGACCGCCUGGAGACAUGGAUUACGUCUCUUGCCGAGUCCCAGCUCCAGAUCCGCCAGCAGAUCAAGAAGCUGGAGGAGCUGCAGCAGAAGGUCUCCUACAAGGGAGACCCCAUCAUCCAGCACCGGCCAGCCCUGGAGGAGAAGAUCGUCGACCUGUUCAGGAACCUCAUGAAGAGUGCCUUUGUGGUCGAAAGACAGCCCUGUAUGCCAAUGCAUCCAGACAGACCGCUAGUCAUCAAAACAGGAGUGCAGUUCACCAACAAAGUCAGGUUACUGGUAAAGUUUCCUGAACUGAAUUACCAGCUGAAGAUCAAAGUCUGUAUUGAUAAGGAAUCGGGGGAUGUGGCUGCAAUUCGAGGGUCAAGGAAGUUCAACAUCCUGGGCACCAACACCAAAGUCAUGAACAUGGAAGAGUCGAACAAUGGCAGCCUGUCUGCCGAAUUCAAACACUUGACGUUAAGAGAGCAGAGGUGCGGCAAUGGCGGCCGGACAAAUAGCGACGCUUCGCUGAUCGUCACCGAGGAGCUCCACCUCAUCACCUUCGAGACGGAGGUCUACCACCAGGGCCUGAAGAUCGAUCUGGAGACCCACUCCUUGCCAGUUGUGGUCAUCUCCAACAUCUGCCAGAUGCCCAAUGCCUGGGCCUCCAUCUUGUGGUACAACAUGCUCACCAAUCACCCCAAGAACGUCAACUUUUUCACCAAGCCCCCUGUGGGUACCUGGGACCAGGUGGCAGAGGUGUUGAGCUGGCAGUUCUCCUCCACAACCAAGAGAGGCCUGACUAUUGAGCAGCUCACCACCCUGGCAGAGAAGCUCCUAGGGCCGUGCGUUAACUACUCUGGCUGCCAGAUCACCUGGGCCAAGUUCUGUAAGGAGAACAUGGCAGGCAAAGGCUUCUCCUUCUGGGUGUGGUUGGACAACAUCAUCGACCUGGUGAAGAAGUACAUCCUGGCUCUGUGGAACGAGGGGUACAUCAUGGGCUUCAUCAGCAAAGAGAGGGAGAGGGCCAUCCUGAGCCCAAAGCCCCCAGGCACCUUCCUGCUCCGCUUCAGUGAGAGCAGCAAGGAGGGCGGCAUCACCUUCACCUGGGUGGAGAAGGACAUCAACGGGAAGACCCAGAUCCAAUCAGUGGAGCCGUACACCAAGCAGCAGCUCAACAGCAUGUCCUUCGCUGAGAUCAUCAUGGGCUACAAGAUCAUGGACGCCACCAACAUCCUGGUCUCGCCGCUCGUCUACCUCUUCCCCGAGAUCCCCAAGGAGGACGCCUUCGGGAAGUACUGCCGGCCCGAGGCAGUCCCGGAGCCGGACGUGGGAGGAGACCCCAUGAACACCAUUCAGCCGUACCUGAAGACCAAGUUCAUCUGCGUUACCCCUGAGAUCCUCACCUGUUUCCAUAGGUGUCCCUCCGUGUUCAUGGACUUCCCGGACAGUGAUCUGCUUGGGAACGCAUUCCCAGGCACCAACUCGGGGAACACCAGCGACCUGUUUCCCAUGUCCCCUCGUACCUUGGACUCCCUGAUGCAUAAUGAAGCAGAGCCCAACCCAGGGCCCUUGGAUUCCCUCACUCUGGACAUGGAGCUGAGCUCUGAUGUGGCGUCGCCGAUGUGAAGCCACCUGUACUCUGGCUUAACAUGUGGAUUUCCCGUGCUUUUUCUGCCCUUUUUAAAGGGGAAUCUCUUGUAUUAAAUUACAAGUGUUUGAGCCAAUGUUGCGACAGAGAGCUCAUGUUGGAGUUUGUAUCUUCCCCUGCAUGGUCCUGCUCGCCCCGUUGGUCAUCUCCUUGUUGUCUACCUUACCGUUAAGAUAUACACUUGGGGUUCUAAAAAGUAUGUAUAGAUUUUCAAAAUGGCCGUUUGAAGUUUCUCUUGUGUAAAACUGAUGGCAAGGUAAUGCACAGAAUACUGCAAUUCCAAACUUGCAGGAUAUUACCAUCUCACAUUAUAGUAAUUUAUUACUAUACAGGGAACGUGUUUCUGCAUUCGGGAUUUCUAAUGUGUUUCUGAAGCAUUUUAACCGUGCUCACCAAAGCUAUGUCCUUUUUCCUCCUUCCCCAUUGGUCGAUUUUUAAUUGAAUGGAUUCCGUUUCGUUUCGUAUUUGACCAAUCAAAAGUGUCUCUUUGAGUGGUUGGUUUGAAAAAAUUGUUUGAUUUUCCUUUUUUAUGCAACUAGCACAUGUAUUCAAAUCGUAUUCUUUUUUUACUGUGGCUCUAGGCAUCGAUCACUGUGGCAUUGAAUUCCUUCCAUAGUUAGUCUGUAAACCUGCCCCCCGCCCCCCCAUCUUCUUAUUCGUGUGAUCAGAUUUUCUUACAAACAUUAUUUAUGACAAGAAACGUACAUUUCUUAAUGUCUAUAUUUGGUCUUAUUCCCUAACCAUGGAUGUUAGAUAUGUAAUAGCCUUCCCUUUGGAAGGCCGUUAACACAAUUUGGAUUGAAGAUCACAGAUUGAGCCCUCCCAUUUUAUCAGACAAAAAGCAAUUGGACAGUGUUCAAGCAUAAUCUAUAACUAAAUGUUUUAUAGCCCUAUUGAUUCAAUAAAUAGGACUGCAACAGAAAAUGUAUUUACAUUAUCGCAGUUAUAGAAUUGCACAUGCCAGGGUGUUUUCCAAUGUAUGUUUUUUCGCAAACACCUGAAUUCAUCGGAUGUGAUCGGUUAUACGAAUCAUUUAAUUGUAUGUGUCAGAAUGUCUGUAAUUUAUGCUCAAUUAGUAUAGAUAUCAUGGAUAUUUUCCUUUGCGAUCUCGGUGAUGAGUACAUCAAUUUAUGUAUUUACAUUUUUACAACAUGCAAGAAACACAUUUACGAGACGUCAAUUCAUGCAAUUACAUUGUGUGUGGUCAGAAAUUAACUGUGUAAAUUAUGCUUUAACUGUAUUGUAUUUCAAAUAAGAAAAUAAACAUUACGUCACUAACGGAACACCAA